AUGCCUGUAGAAAUAGAUGAAUACCUCAGCAGCUACCCCGACAUUAGCGAAAAAGGCCAAGAAGGCAACCCGAACCUCGCUUCAUUCGGCGUUGAUGAUGUAUACCUCGGAAAGACUGCGCAAGAUCGCAAAAUCUCCUCGCAAUAUAUUGCUGAGGCUUUUUGGAAGAGGUUCCAACUUGGGACACUUGGUCUCUUCCCGGGAUCCGUCGGUCCCCCUGGGGCAGCACGACCUUCACUCCUCUUAUCACUCUGGAACUCAAGAGGCAUUCCUAGCUUGAGCUUUGGCUACACAGCGGGCUCUUCUAAUCGCAAAACGUCGGCUAGUCUGGUCUUGGGCGGUUACGAUUCUUCACGAUUCGAUCCUGCAACUACUACGCAAUGGGGCUUCACAAUCCAGAAUAGCACUUGGUUCUUCAUACACUUAAGCGCAAUCACUAUUAAUGGGGUCGCUUCGUGGGAAUCCGCCCCAGAACCAGAGAAACGAUCCCUGCGAACGGCAUUUCCAAUUGAUUCCGCAAUUCCACAAAUAUGGCUCCCGGAGGAGGCUUGUGUAAUGUUCGAAACGGCAUUCGGACUAGUCUGGGAUGACACAUCGGAACUGUAUCUUAUCAACGAUACAACGCAUACACGACUUUUACGCGAGAAUCCCGAGGUACGAUUUACUAUCGGACUUGACAACCAAGCAACAAAUUACACGCUUCCAUAUUCGGCUUUCGAUCUCAGGCUCACAUACCCUUUUGUGGAUACCGCUACAUACUACUUCCCGUUGAAGCGAGCUUCAGAGCCCGCACAACACAUGCUCGGUCGAACAUUUCUGCAAGAAACUUACAUCACCGUCAACUACGAAACACAGAGUUUCAAUUUAAGUCAAGCGUCUCAUGAUAGUAGCUCCACGAACAUCGUGUCAAUCCCUUCACUAUCCGAACCCAGCCAAACUUCAGAUCUGCCUCUACCUUCACCCACGAACAGCCCGGAGGAACUUUCUUCAGCUGCGUAUGCGGGAAUCGGCGUAGGCGCGGGCACCCUGGCGCUCUCGGCAUUGUGUCUGAUCGUAGCCUGGAAGAGAAAAUGGGUACCUUUCCGCCGACGCAAGACCUCGAACGGGGACGGCCAGAACGACCACAACAAAGCCGAACUACAUGGCGAGCACAAGCCGGGGAUUGAGGCUAUGGAGAAAGAGAGAUUCGAGCUAGAUGCAGGCUCGGGCAAGCAUGAGGCAAUGGACAGGGAAGCAUCUGAACUCCAGACAGUGGAGAAUGCCCGGGAACUGAAGGGCUCAGGUAAAGUAGGCGUUGCGGAAGUUCAGGGUAGUGGUUUGGUACACGAGCUACCUGGUCAUGCUGAUGACAUAUGAGUAUCAAAUGAGGGGACUCGCAGUUCUUCGUAGAUAUGUGUCUUACAUGACAGGGCUAUAAUGUAUCAUUGAGAG